AUGAACGGACACCCAGAAGCUAGUAGCACUGAGGGUCGGGUAAACGGUCGAUCUCCAAUUCAGAAUGGCACCAACGGCUUGAGCAGAGCCAUGGGCGAGAAGGACUCUCCCAUAGCUAUAUGUGGAAUGGCCCUACGUCUUCCCGGUGGUCUUGCAACCCCCCAAGACUUUUGGGAAUUCCUCCUGGCGAAGGGCGAUGCGAGGGGCCGUGUUCCCAAGUCACGCUACAAAGUCUCGGCCUACUACUCAGAGACUGGGAAAGCAGGGUCUGUCAUCAGCCAGUACGGAUAUUUCCUCGAUGAUAGUGUCAAAAUUGGAAGCCUUGAUACUUCCCGCUUCUCCAUGAGUCGCGCCGAGCUCGAAUCCUCUGACCCUCAACAACGGCUCAUGCUUGAGGUUGUCCGAGAAGCUCUGGAUGAUGCGGGAGAAGUUCCUUUCAAGGGAAGUCUCACUGGUUGCUACAUGGGCACUUACGGUGAGGACUGGCUCGAGCUGCAGAGCCGAGACAACCAACAGACCGGCAUCUACAGAGUCGAUGGCUAUAGCGACUUCAUGCUCUCGAGUCGUAUAUCAUAUGAGAUGGACUUCAGAGGUCCCAGUUUGAACAUCCGUACAGCGUGCUCAGCCGCCAUGAUUGGCUUCCAUGAGGCUUGUCUGGCUAUGCAGCGAGGGGACUGCAAUGCAGCUGUGGUAGGCGGCGCUAAUUUGAUCAUGUCGCCCUCCAUGACACAGUUCAUGAGCGAGAAAGGCAUUCUGUCUCCUGAUGGCUCAUGCAAACCAUUCUCUGCGGAUGCCAACGGCUACGCGAGAGGAGAAGCAGUUACUGCUAUCUACAUCAAGCCCCUGGACGCAGCCAUUCGGGACGGAAAUCCCAUCCGAGCUGUCGUCAGAUCGACAGCAUCAAACCACAACGGCAAGACGCCUGGCAUGAUGCAACCAAGCACAGAAAGUCAAACCACAAUGAUCCGGAGAGCUUAUGAAAAGGCCGGCAUUUCCGACUUUUCUCAAACAGGUUACGUGGAAUGCCAUGGAACAGGCACGCCAGUAGGUGAUCCGAUAGAGACCAAUGCCGUUGCCCGAGUCUUUGGCGAGAAGGGCGUAUACAUAGGAUCAGUGAAAGCGAAUCUGGGACACUCGGAAGGCGCUUCGGGACUUACAUCUUUGAUAAAGGCGGUCCUCAGUCUCGAGAACCGCACCAUCCCUCCUCAAAUCAAAUUCACGAGCCCUAACCCCAAGAUCCCCUUUGUUGAGGCGAAAUUGACGGUGCCACUCGAGCCAACUCCUUGGCCUGAGGAUCGUUACGAACGGGCCAGUGUCAAUUCCUUUGGUAUUGGUGGCUCUAAUGCACACGUUAUCCUCGACUCGGCACGAAGCUUCAAUCUUGGCGUUCCCAAGUCAAAGGAGAGCCAUGGAUUCGAGUCCAACAAGCCACACUUGCUCCUAUUCUCAGCCAACUCGGCCAACUCGCUGACCAACAUGGUCAAAAACUUCCAGGGUUGGACCUCCGUACACCCAGAAAGCCUCGAAGACGUCGCUUACACGCUUGCCCACCAUAGAGAGCGCCUUCCUCACCGGAGCUUUGCGGUGGCAAGCACGGAUCGUCCAGCUGUAACGGCAACCCAGGGGCGCAAGGCCCCGGGCACUACACCGAAUCUGGUCAUGGUGUUCACGGGUCAGGGCGCCCAGUGGCCCAGUAUGGGCCGGGGGCUCCUGGAGCGCGAAGACUUUUGUUUCAAAAGUACCAUCAGGGCGCUCGACAAAUACCUCCAGGCAGUUCCUGAAGCCCCCAGUUGGUCUCUGGAGGCGGAGCUUCUGAAGCCGGUACAGACAUCCAAGGUGCAAACGGCAGAGCUGGCUCAGCCGCUCUGCACUGCAGUACAAAUCGGUUUGGUAGAUCUUUUCGCGUCCCUUGACGUCAUGCCCAAGGCAGUUGUUGGCCACAGCAGUGGGGAGAUAGCUGCUGCAUACGCUGCCGGCGCCCUUAGCGCUAAAGAGGCCAUCAUCAACGCAUGGCAGAGAGGCUUCCAUGCCGCUAAGCAGACUAAGCUCGGAGCCAUGGCUGCCAUUGGGCUUAGCUGGGACGAAGUAAGCAGCUUCUUGGUGCCACCGAAAGUCGUGGUUGCUUGCGAAAAUGCUCCGAAGAGCGUCACUCUGUCAGGUGAUUUUACUGAGGUGCAAACAGCUGUUGCGCGUAUCAAGGACGCUUACCCUGACAUCACCGCCCGACUUCUCAAAGUCGACAAGGCAUACCACUCGUACCACAUGCAAGAAGUCGGACGAGACUAUGGGGCAACCCUAGGUCGCGACUUUUCUGGCAAGUCGCCAUGUACGCCAUUCUACUCAAGCGUAACUGGCACGGGACGACAUGAAGAAAUUAUCUUGGGAGCAAAAUAUUGGCAGAGAAACCUCGAAUCACCGGUUCUCUUCAAAUCUGCCGUGAAAGGUAUCCUCGACAAUGUCAAGGAUGUGGCAUUCUUGGAAAUUGGCCCACACGCAGCUCUCGCUGGACCAGUGAGGCAGAUCAUGGCCCAAAAUAACACCUCCGCUCCAUACGUCGGUUCUAUGAUCCGUAGCGAGGAUACUGUUGAGACCUUCUUGACCGCUGUGGGCACACUCUUUGAGCUCGGAAUCCACGUCAACUUUGAGAGGCUGAUGCCGACAGGAACCUGUCUCCCUGAUCUACCGCGAUACCCCUGGGAUCACAAGUCCAACUACUGGAAGGAGUCCAGGAUGGCCUACGAGUGGAGGAACCGCGAGUUUCCCGCCCACCCAUUGCUUGGUAUUCGUCAGCUCGAAAGCACCAGUCUUGAGCCCAGCUUCAGAAACAGACUCCUUAUUGGCGACAGUCCCUGGCUCCGGGACCACCAAAUCGAGGAAAAACCCGUUUUCCCUUGUGCUGGCUAUGUAUCCAUGAUCGGGGAGGGCAUCCGACAGCUCGUUGGUUAUCAGGCGAGUUUCACACUGCGAAACGUCGUCCUCAGUAAUGCCUUGGUCCUUUCAGAAAACACACAUACCGAGAUGGUGACCACUUUCCGCCCGGUUCGACUCACCGACUCGCUUGAUAGUCGGUGGUGGGAGUUUGUUAUUGCCUCGCACAAUGGCAAUACUUGGCAGAAGCAUUUUACUGGAGAGGUAACGACUGACAAAGCGGAGGUUUCUCCAACAAGUCCGGAUAUCCCGUCGUUGCCGAGGAGUCUCAACCAACGCAAGUAUUAUGACACUUUCGCCCGCGUGGGUAUGGGAUAUGGCCCUUACUUCCAACUACUCGAUGGUAUUACUACCGGCACCGUGGAGGCUAUGGCUACCGGCAAGAUCUUGCGGUCGACCGCUGGUGAUGAGAAACACUACCCCAUGCAUCCCACUCUCAUCGAUGCUGCCCUUCAAUCCGGGCCGGUGGCCGCCAUCAAGGGACGCAUUGAAGAUAAGCUCUUCAGGCGAGUUCCAACGAAGAUCGAGACGCUCACAGUCCAUCGUUGCGACGCUGAUACAGACUUGCACCUCAUCACGUCUUCCACUGUCAUCAAAGGUAGUGGCGAUGUCGUCAGUCAAAUCCAGUGCAGCGCAGGCGGCAAGGUUGUGCUAGACAUCGAGAAUAUCACCUUCACAGUACUCCUAGAGGUCGAGGCAAUGGAGGGUGACAAACCCUUGACAACCGCGCGACUAGCUUGGGGUCCACACAUUGACUUCCUCGAUAUCAAGGGCCUGAUCAAGCCUGAGUUCCCUCGAGAGUUGUAUGCGCCCGCCUUGGAUGAGCUAGGACGGUUGUGCACCGUUUUUUCUCAGAGGCGUAUUAGUAGAGCCACGAUUGAAGUGAGCCACAUGAAGAAGUUCAUGAGCUGGAUGGAGCGCGAGGUCCAGUGUUACGAUGCCAGCUUGUCAAUCACUGGUUUGGACGAUGCUACACUCCAGGACAAGAUCGAUACUAUAGCUCAGAGGCUUGCCGGAUCCCCAGUGGAGCCUGUAGUUGCCGCCCUCUUGAAGGUACAGAACAACAUUGAGGGACUACUGUCUGGGGAGGUGGAUGCCCUUGAGCUUUUGAGGGCCGACAAUACGCUCACGGACCUGUAUGUUGUCAUGGACUCGGUCGACAGGUCGCAGUUUAUUCGCCAUCUAGCCCAUUCCAAACCCAAUCUCCGCAUCCUCGAGAUCGGCGCAGGAACUGGCGCGUCGACUGCCGGGCUCCUGAAGGAUCUCCUCGAUUCCAAUGGAUAUCCUUUGUUCUCCAACUACACCUUCACAGAUAUCUCCUCCGGCUUCUUCGUUGCCGCCAAAGAACGUUUCGAGGGUGUUCAGAACUUCCACUAUCAGAUUCUGGACAUCAGCCGGGACCCCAAGGAGCAAGGGUUCGACGAGGACGACAAAUAUGACCUCGUCCUCGCGACUAACGUUCUUCAUGCCACCAAGAGCCUGAACGAGACGCUUAUUAAUGUGCGCCAACUCCUCCGCCCCGACGGCAGGCUGCUUCUCCAGGAACUCGAUUCCAGUUCCAAGUGGAUCAACUACAUCUUCGGACUUCUGCCUGGCUGGUGGCUGGGCGAGGAAGACAAUCGACCUAACGAGCCAUACGUGAAGCCUGCUCGAUGGGUAGUCGAGCUAGCUCGUGCCAGCUUUAGGAAGCUGGAUGCCGUUUACCAAGACGCAAAUGAACCCUUCCAACUCAAUAGCAUCUUCGUUGCAAGGCUGGUGGCAAACAAGGAGGCGGAUAAAAGCAAGAAGACUUUGUCACUUCUCUGUGAUGGCAACAAUAGUGGUGUUGACGUCUUUUCGCGCGUCCUAGAGGCCAAUGGGUACUCCGUCCAUCCUUUCCAACUUGGUCAAGAAUUUCCAGAAGGCCAAGAUAUCAUCUCCUUGCUGGACAUCGCCACACCUUUUUUCAAGGAUAUCGAAGAACCUCGUUUCAAAGCCUUCCAAGGGUUGAUGGAUCGCCUUGGCCAAUCUGGUCUUCUUUGGGUGACUAAAGCUUCGCAAAUGCAAUGCCACGACCCAAGCUACGCUCAAGUCAUUGGCACAGCCCGAACAAUCCGCAAUGAGACGCUUCUUGACUUCGCAACUUGCGAAGUGGACGACCUUGAUUGUUCGCUCGAGAAGGUAGUUGAGGUGUUUGCCAAGUUCCAGGCCAGAAGUGAGGAGCAUUCACUCAACCCGGACUAUGAGUACGUUAUUUCCAAGGGCGUCGUUAACGUCAGCCGGCUUUACCCCUUUUCAUUGGAAAAUGAGCUUCUCUCUGAUGUCAGCUCGGAGAGUCGAGUCGCUUUGGGAAUGUCGCAAGUAGGACGUCUCAACACGCUACAAUGGGGUUUACGAGAGGAAUCCAAACUUCAGAAAGAUGAUGUAGAGGUAGAGGUUCAUGCUGCAGGCCUGAACUUUAAGGCCGAUUCUAACUCGAAUGCGCUGCAGGACGUUUUGUGUGCGGCCGCGGUUCUCGAAUAUCCCGAAGACGGUCUUGGUGUUGAGGCUGCCGGAGUUGUCUCAGCGGUUGGGCCCGAUGUUAAAGACCUUCGCAUUGGAGACCGCGUCAUGUUGUUAAAAAACGGCUCAUUUAGAUCGCAUGUUGUAGCUCCUGAGAAGCUUUGUGCGAAGAUCCCAGGUAGUCUCAUUUUCGAAGACGCCGCAACAAUGCCGACAGUAUUUGGCACGGCAGUCUACUCGCUACUCCAUCUUGGGGAUUUGCAAAGACGUCAGUCUGUCCUCAUCCAUAGCGCCUGCGGUGGUGUUGGUCUGGCUGCUAUACAGCUUGCGCGCAUGGUCGGCGCCGAGAUAUAUGCAACAGUCGGAAGCGAGGAUAAGGUCCAGUACCUCAUGGAUAAUUUCGGCCUUCCAAGACAACGUAUCUUCAGGUCCAGAGACACCAGUUUUGUUGAGGGAGUCCUGCGCGAGACCAACGGAAAGGGCGUGGAUCUGGCUCUAAACUCGCUGUCUGGAGAACUCCUUCACGCCACUUGGAGUUGUAUCGCUGAGUUUGGCAAAGUCAUCGAUAUCGGCAAGCGAGACUUUGUUGGUUCUGCUAGACUCAGUAUGGGUCCCUUUUUAGGCAUGCGGACCUACGCCAGUUUCGACCUCGUGGCCCUCAUGGUUAAGAAGCAGUCGGUGGUCAAAGAAGUUCUCCGGGAAAUUGUGCGGUACUACCAAUACGGUCACAUUGCCCCGAUCACACCGAAGAAAACGUUUGAUGCUUGCGUUAUCCAAGACGCCUUCCGAUAUAUGCAGCAGGGUCAGCAUCUAGGCAAAAUUGUCAUCUCAAUGAGGAACGCCAGCGGGAACGUUAAGAUCGACAUGGCUCCCGUGAAAGCAUCCAAAACGUUGAUGCUAGACCCCGAAGCUUCUUACUUGCUUGUGGGUGGCCUUGGUGGCCUUGGGCGAUCGGUCGCGAGACACUUGGUUGAGCAUGGCGCUCGUCAUCUGGUGUUCCUCUCCCGAAGCGCAGGAAGCGGCCCAGACGACACUGCUCACAUCAAAGAGAUCGAGAGCAUGGGCUGCAAAGUCGUGCUGGUCAAGGGAAGUGUUGCCAAUGAGGAUGACGUUGAACGUGCUGUUUCAGAGUCGGAAAACCUUAAGGGGAUCUUCCAAUGCUCGAUGGUCUUGCGAGAUGAGAACUUCUCGCGCAUGAGCAUCGAUGACUGGGUCACUGCUGUGAAGCCCAAAGUGGACGGAACGUGGAAUCUUCAUAAUGCAGCCAUCGCCGCGGGGGUUGAAUUAGACUUCUUUGUCAUGUUCUCGUCCAUGCUCUCACUCUUCGGUCAAGCGGGACAGGCAAACUACGCUGGUGCUAACACCUUCUUGGACGCAUUCGUUCAGUACAGGCGGAGCCUUGGCCUGGCGGCGUCGGCACUGGACAUUGGUACCGUCCAGGACAUUGGCUACAUCUCAAGAGAUGAUACUCUCCUCAAUAGACUCGCAUCAUCUGGUGUCCAUGCCGUCACAACGCCCGAGCUGAUGCAAGCAGUCACUGCAGCCGCGAUUUUCUCGUCAGGGACAGGAGACACAAGCCAUGAUACUCUGAACAAACCCUUUGUGGACAAGAAUGUAUUCACGGUCGGUAUGUCCACAUCAAACUCGCUGAGUAGCUCUGAAAGCCGCUUCCCCUGGAGGAAGGACAGGAGAACGGCCAUCUACCGCAACCUCACCGACGGCGUCACUGCCUCGUCCGGCGGCAGCAAUGACAAUUUCAAGGUCUUCCUUGCGAAAGCCAAGACAAACGCAGCCGUGCUCAAAGAAGAGAAGGCCGCGACCACGUUCGCCCGGGAGAUAGGAAAGAAGCUAAACGAAUUUUUGCUCAAGUCCGAUGAUGAACUCAACACCUCUAUUCCCCUUGCCCGACUUGGAUUGGACUCUUUGGUUGCUAUUGAAAUGCGAAGCUGGUGGAGACAGGUGUUUAACUUCGAUAUUAGUGUGCUUGAGCUGCUGAGCAUGGGCAACCUGAAUACAUUGGGGAGACAUGCUGCAAAACGGUUGCUCAAGAAACUCGGAGAUGAGGCGUAA